UGACAUGGCAAGUUUUCGUCAAACCCACUGCCACGUGAAAAUCUUGACUUUCUAUUGUAAAAUUAUAUGAGAAACAAAAGAAAAUUUAAAUAAAAAAGGAAAUGAAAAAAAAAUCAUCGGUCUUCUUCGUCUUCCUUUUAUCUUCCAUCCACCCUCCCAGAUUAGGUUCUUCAAUAUACCCUCAAAUUGAAUUUCCGCGAGUGCACAGGAAUUGGGAAACAACACUAAUCAGAAAAGAAAUUCAAUUAUGAAGCCAGAACACGUCGAUGAAGAAGCAGAAACAGAGGAAUCUCUGUUGUUGCUCCGGCUGCGAAUAAAUUCAACGUUGUUGCCAGAAAAGAAAUUUCUGGUUUCGGGACUCCCGCUCAAGACCUCGAAGGUGACCCGAUCUCUGCAUGCUGGAACUGUGUUUAGUACACAGGCUUCCACCGAGAUCGGAUUGCUUCUCCGUACCUACGAUUACAACCAUCCAGUAUCCGCUGCCAAACAAUAAGCCUUGCUGCGCCAAAAAAAUUGGAUUGAAUAUCAAUGGCGUCUCCCCCGCGAGGCUUUGUGUCUAGUUGUAGCCGACACAGGGCAUAGCAGAAGAACGAUGAAGCAGUGCUUCGCUGCCGCCAGAUCCAGUCUCCUCUUGCUGGGUUGUUUUCAUAGAUUCAACAAUGGUGGAGAGAAACAGAGAUUCAAACCCGUCGACAUCGGCAGUAAAUGGUCCCGCCAGUGAUUAGGGCUCUUCAACUUCUCGAUCUAAGACUGUUCGAGGAAGACUGCAAUCGUCUUUCAACUUCCCAACCAUGACAACCACUGAAGAUAGUGACAAAGGUAAUUUGUUAAUUAUAAUUUGUAGAGAGGGAAGAAGAAUGCAGUGGUUGUGGCUGUGGUUCGGUCGUGAGAGAAGGGAAGGUUGAGUGGCUGUAGGGGGUGAUCUGAUGGGCUUUAAGGAGGAAAGUGUUGUGUAGAGAGGAAGAAGAAGAAUAUGGCACCGACAACUUCAAUGGCCGAAGCUUCUCCGUCUUGGAUUGAAGCUGGCGAUGGGGAGGAAAAGGGAAGGGGAAGGGGAAGGGUUUGGGCGAGUGUGAACAGAGAGAUGAUUUUUUUAUCAGUUUUGACUUAUCUUUUUUUAUUGGAUUAAUUAAUUUUUUAAUUAAAAAUAUGACGUGGCAAUUACAUGAGAAUAGCAAGUCCAGGUGGGCAAUAGGUGUCGCCCAGAUGGCAGCCACGUAAGCAAGUCAUUCUCUAAACUGACAGAACACUUGUUGUCGUUAAACUAUUUUACGGAAAUGGCUAAAUUAGUCCAGCAAGUUUUAAAAGCGUGGCUAUAUUUAGGCAUUUUUCAAAAUGUGGCUAUUAUUAUCACAAUGCGAAUAAUUAUGGCUAUGGAACUGUAAUUUGCCUUAAUUAUGGCUAUGGAACUGUAAUUUGCCUUAUAUUAAUAAACCAUGUAUGUAAUAAUUUACAAUUAUUUGCACAAAGGUUGGGUGAGGUUUCUUUCUCACUAUUGCUUGCAUGUUAGGAGAUGAGACCCAGAUAGGUCAAGGAUCAUUAAUGAGUUAAUUGUUAUUUGCAUACGUUUAGCACACUGUGUGAGUUAGGUAUACAAUGCAAAAGGUCCGUUCAUCCCUAAUAAUUUUAUCCACUCAUUCUUCAAUAAUUGAAGAGGUUUUGGGUGCAUUGGAUUCAUUGUACUAAGUGUUAUGCAUAAAUCCAUAACCAGAUAAGGAUUUUACGAGAAUAAAGCCAUCGUAACUAUUGGGCAUUGAUCUGGGCUUGCAUAUCUUUAUUAUUUAGUCUUUUAAUAUUAUUUGUCUUUAUUAUUGUUCGAGUAGGAUUUGGUUUAUUGAUUAUGAGUUAGUUAUUAUUUCAUUGUGGAUUGGGUUUCAUGUUUUAGGUAGGAAAAGGGGGAGAGGGCCGCCAGUCUUGUAAGGAAAGGAUUGAGAUUUUGGGGUUUUCCUAGCCUAUAAAUAUGUACUCAUUCUCCAGUUUAAUGAUACGAGAAGAUUGGAAUUCAAUAUUAGUUUGUAGUUUAUCUUUCUGUCACCUUAAUUCUCUUCGUUCUAAGUCUCUUUCUUACGUAUCAAUCGACAUUUACGAUGCACGUUGCGUGGAAGUUCUCAUCGGAGAAAUUCACGUAACAGACACUUGGUCAAAAAAAAUUCACUAAAUAGUACACUUAAACCACCAUCACUAGACAUCGAGAUAAUCAAAUAGGAAAAAUAAAAAAGUAUUUAAUUCUCAUUCCUAAACUCACUUAAGACCAAGUGUCUGUUACGUGAAUUUCUCCGAUGAAAUAUAGCCUCAUAGGGCAUGGCUAAGUUAGAUUCUUAUUAUAUGAAAUAUAGUAUCAUUUUGUAU